UGACGCCUAUGUGUGUGAUUGCUAGCAUGCGGAAUGCAGAUUUUACGGCUAAAUUAGAGGCGCCUCGUCCCUAGCGUUUUGUUUCUCUGCCCUCCGGCCUCACGCUCUUCCCUGAGUUCCCUCCAUGCCUUCCGUUCCCUCCUCCCAAUGCCGCCGCCGCACCCGGCCACCGCCACGGCGCAUUCUGCUGGGUCGUCGCGUCGGCGUCCCCGGUGCCGCGGCGGGAUGAUAUCCGUCUCCUGCUGCCGUGUCGCGGCUCUCGCCUCCCUACUCGCCGCAGCCGCCGCCACCGCGUUCCUCACCUUCUCCCUCCCAUCAUCUCCAAGCGUGUUCACCAUGAAGUACGCCAAAGAAUUGUCCGUCGCGAGCUCCCCACCGCCUCCGCACCCAGCUUCACCUCCCCCGCCAUCUCUGUCCCUUCCAACACCAGCUAAGCUAGCUCCUCCGCCACCGUCCUCGGCGAGGCCUAGAAAACGAGAGCCGUCGUAUUGGAGGAUGGCGCCGGAUGACGCGCUACGGUACGCCAAGAAGGAGAUAAUGGCCGCCGAGCCGGUCGUCGACGACCCCGACCUGCACGCGCCACUCUUCAAGAACGUCUCCCAGUUCAAGAGGAGCUACGAACUGAUGGAACGGAUACUCAAAGUUUACAUUUACCAGGACGGCCGGCGGCCCAUCUUCCACACCCCUCCCCUCAGCGGCAUCUACGCGUCCGAGGGCUGGUUCAUGAAGCUCCUCAAGGAGAGCCGCCGAUUCGUCGUCGCCGACGCCGCCAGAGCGCACCUCUUCUACCUGCCCUACAGCUCGCAGCACCUCAGGCUUUCGCUCUACGUGCCGGAAUCGCAUAACCUGCGGCCCCUGUCCGUCUACCUCAGAAACUUUGUCAAGGGCCUCGCCGCCAAGUACCCGUUCUGGAACCGCACUAGAGGCGCCGAUCAUUUCCUCGUCGCCUGCCACGACUGGGGACCUUACACGACCACGGCGCACCGCGACCUCCGCAAGAACAGCAUCAAGGCGCUCUGCAACGCCGACAGCUCGGAGGGGAUCUUCGUCCCCGGGAAGGACGUGUCUCUCCCGGAGACGACCAUCAGGACGCCGAAGCGGCCCCUCCGGUACGUCGGCGGGCUCCCGGUAUCCCGGCGGCGCAUCCUCGCCUUCUUCGCCGGCAACGUGCACGGCAGGGUGAGACCGAUCCUCCUCCGGCACUGGGGCGACGGGCACGACGACGACAUGAGGGUGUACGCGCUCCUCCCCGGCAGGGUGUCCAGGAGGAUGAACUACAUCCAGCACAUGAAGAACAGCAGGUUCUGCCUGUGCCCCAUGGGGUACGAGGUGAACAGCCCCAGGAUCGUGGAGGCCCUCUACUACGAGUGCGUGCCGGUGAUCAUCGCAGACAACUUCGUGCUCCCCUUCAGCGACGUGCUGGACUGGACCGCCUUCUCGGUGGUGGUCGCGGAGAAGGACAUACCGGACCUGAAGAAGAUACUCCAGGGGAUCUCACUCCGUAGAUACGUGGCCAUGCACGACUGCGUCAAGAGGCUGCAGAGGCACUUCUUGUGGCACGAAAGGCCCAUCAGGUAUGAUCUCUUCCACAUGAUCCUGCACUCCAUUUGGCUCAGCAGAGUGAACCAUGUCGAGCUUCACGAGUGAAAGAUCAUGUCCAUGUACUUGUAUGGCAGUCGACUUCUGCAUUUGUACAUGUAAGUUGUAUAUAUACUAAAUAUAUA